AUGACCUUCACAACUACGUUUUCUUUUUCUCUAUAAGAAAAAUUAAGCUUUAGCCACAUGGGCACAUUCUGAUCUGCCUCCUGGCAUUACUUACAUGAGCCUGCAGGUUCGGUGUAAAAAAUGUUGCAUCUCGUAACCAAAAUUUUGACUUUGUGGAUCUUACUGUGUUGCAGAAUUCGAUCUUUAAAAGGUCAGAAUGGAUGUGCUAUCCCUUGUAAGAAGAAUGUCACAGUUACUGGAUCCCUAAACUCUGCGGUCCUUCUGCCUUGUACCUUUAUGGUGGGGGACACAGACCAAAUAACUGUUGCGUGGAGCCAAGAUUCUGAUCUGGUGAUAUUUGACAAAAUGAAGUAUAUCAGGUUCUCGAAUAACAAGGAGGGGCGACUGAAGGUGUUCCCUUACAUGUCCAACAUAGGUAACUUCUCUGUCCAACUGGACAACUUACAGCAUUUUGACCAAGGCAGUUAUUGUUGUCAGAUCCUCAAUGAAUCCAACUGCAUCACUGUGAAAGUUAAUCUGCAAAAGCAUGAAUCGGGUUCCAGACCGCAGCAAGAGAACCUGCCAGAAAGUUUCUUUGUGGACAACUGGUACAUCAUUGUUGCAGCUAGUGGAGGUUUUCUCAUCGUCUUGGUAAUAGCGUGCAUCUGCUGUGUGCAACAUAAAUUUUCACUUAAAUCAACUAAUAGGGAUUACAUCAACGAAAACCGCGAUAAAGAUCAACUACCACAGGAUUCUGAGUCCAACAGGAGAGGUGAACGAUCUGACAAGGAAGAGGGUGGUACCAAUAACCACCCUGCACUGGACACUGAAUGUGACCAGGGAGAUGGAAGAUGUAAUGUGCAUGAAACAGGAAUUGUUCCAGGAAGUGUUCCUGCUCCUAUGAUCAUUUAUGAAAAUAAUGAACAUGACCCAGAAUGGGGGUGUGUGAAAAGGCAACCGUGUGUCCAAGAAGGUGCCAUUUGCAUUUGGAGAACACAGGAAGAAAAUGCACAAAAGCCAUACUAUGUGAAUCAGUCAGAAAUACGGAUGCAAGCAGAGGCCGAAAUGAAGACUAAGAAGAGAAGAAGCAUCUGGAAAAGGAAAAAUAAUCAACAAAGUCUUGAAUAUGAAAACCCCAUAUAUUCCAACAAAACUGCCACCCAUUCUCAGGAGAUGGAUAUGUAUGAAUAAUAAUAAUAAUUGUGCACAUGAAGCAAAGUAACAAAAAAUAUUUUACAUAAUUGCAUGGAUAUUGCCUGAAAGGAAUUAGCACGUGUUCCCUCACAAUUAUAGGUUUACUGUGCAGGAAGUGCAUUUUAAUAUAUAAUGAUUUUAAUAGUUGCUUUGUAGUAUAUACUUUUUAUCUGUGGGAGAGAGUUCUAUUAUAUCAAACACACUGGUAACUUGGUAAUUUUCUACAAAUCUAAGGGUAGGAUGCUAAAAGCUUGUGUUUUAAGGAAAUACAGAUUUAAAGCUAUAUUAAAAGAUGAAGCAAAGACAUGCUUGGAGGGUGAAGGGGAAGACAACUAUGAGUGCAUUAAUAUCAGCAUGGCCUUUGCAUUUGCAUGCACAUCUGUGAUGGAUAACAUCUUUCGAGAAUUGUAAUAAACCAGCUUUAUAAGCUUUUUUAUGCCUUAUUAUUGAACCUCUAAAAAUCCUUGAGUUGAAAGAAGAUCAUUUUGAACAAUUAUGAAAGUUUAUCAAUGGCCUUGAUGUUUGUAUCUCAAGAUGCCAGUAUAUUAUUAAUUGGUGAAUUCUGAAUAGAAAAUGAGGAAACUCUCUCGUAUGUCGGCAGGCAAACUGGACCAGAACCUUAAUGUUGUCCCAGCUCACGGUGUGCAGAGUGUCAUCUUCAUGAAUCAAAAUGAAAAUUGAAUUUAUAAAUUUGUGAGCAAGUGAGUGUGUUUCCAGGGUGCAAUGUUAAGUACUUAAUUGUGCAUGUUCUGGAGGUUGACUGCACGGAUGGCUACUUAAAAUAGACAGAUAAAUGCAAUA